ACACGACAAUUGCUUCUUCGUGUACACCCGACUGACCCGAGAUGUUAUUUUUUAGGUUUUUCAAUAGUGCACGAAUUGAACCUAUUGCACAGUUUCCACAAUGCACAAUAAUACUCCUGCACUUUGUGACCUCCAUCAUCAUCAUCAUCAUCCUCAUACAGGAAGAAGCCGUUAGUCUAUUAUUCUUGGUCACUGCUUCUUGGUUCGUCAAUCUAAUAUCUGGUUAUUUGCAUGCAGAGGAGUGAUGUACAAUGUACAUAGUCUUGAGCAGUGAGCGAUACUCCUCCUUGUAACAUGUUUGCAAAUUUACCUUUUUUGUUACUGGUACGUAGGUGAAUUUAUCUCUUGUUCAGACAACUAUAUUUCCCAGCAAGCUACAUGUACAUGUAUUCCAGUAUUGGAUUAUCUUUGAAAAUUUUGGGAUGAUGAAGAUUGCUCCGAUGGUGUAAAUUCUCUGGAUCAGAAAAAGCAGGAGAUUUUCGAAAAGUCAGGCUGAUUGCACCUUAAACUACAGUGGAGAUGAUUCUGAUAGAAAUUUCUGUUUCUAGUCUAUUAUCAAGGAACUUUUUCAGUUUCCUCUGAUUGGACUUGUUAACCUAUUUACAUGUAAUUGUGUGACUGCAUGUGGUAAUUUUCUUCUGGAUUUUUCUUGACGAUGUUUACAACCUCCUCUUGGACCAUCUACAUUUGUACAUACAUGUAUGCAGGCUUAGUGAAGUGAAUCCACCGUUGACCACCAGCCUUCAUUCCAGUUUAAGACAAUCUGCUUCCAGCAACCUCCAUCCCAGCGUCACGGUAUGGACAUCUCGCAUCAGAAGACAGUUCUUCACAACCUGGAGCUGAGGUUGGCCCACAUCCGUGCUGCCCUGUCAGAGCUCACUGAUAUUCAAACUGAACUGCAGAAAAAUGCCACAGAGUCCAAGAACAACAUCCAGGCCAACUUCAGUCGUCAGCUAGAGAACCUGCGGACCAGAGAGGUUUACCUUGUAAAUCAAGUGGACACACUGCUUCAGGUCAAGCAAGAACACCUUCAUCUCCAAGCCAAUAGCUUGAAGAAGGAACUUGGAGCUCUCCAGGCCCUGCAGGAACAUACCAGGUCUGCCAAGAAAGCCGUUGACUUACAGGACAUUGAAGACAUCAUGAAGAGAUUCCAAGAAUUUCACCUUGAACCGGAGGAAAAUGGAAUUCUAGAGUUUGUGAGUGAUCCCAAAUGCCUCAAGAAAUGUAUAUUGACCUAUGGAAGCAUCAAUCCAAAGCGCUUUUGCCCUUCCAAAGAUGAUGUACAAGCCGAACCAAGACAGAUUAUGGCACCAUUUGAGAAGUAUGCAUGUGACAAGGUUUGGUUGACACCAAACGGUAGCAGUGGGAUCAAGAAUGGUACUAGACACACAGUCUUUCCCAUCUUCCAGGAGAACCAGGAUGCAGAAGGCUGGUUGGCCAACGAUAAUGACAUUCCAGUGAUGGAGACAUGCCAGAGUGAGAAGAGUGACGAGGACCAAGAUUCCUUCGUCAUGAUCCCUAAGGAGUAUGAACAGAGCACACGUAGUACCAUCUUGUCUCAGUUUGCUAGUAUCCUAAACUCACCAAACAUCCAGUGGAUCCGCCGAACCCCAAAGACUGAUGGCAGUGGAGCAAGCUGCCAGCAACAUAACAAGCCUGUCUACUAUAGCCCAUCAGGAGGAACUAAGGGUUGGUUGAAGAAGGAGACAUGUCACCCAAGUCAAGUACCAGUAAAGCCCAUUGAAAUAGAGGAUCUGGCAGAGAUGGCCUGUGUACAGGACACUCCAUCUGGUGCUCCGAGUCCAUGUGGCCCCAAGACAAGACCUAGACAACGUACCCAGCGCAACCAGAAGAACACAUGCUGCUCAUCCAAACCGGUCCAGGCCACGACCACUGGUGUCAACAUUGAUGACGUCUGCAAAGGUAACGAGAAGUGCAAGACGUUUGACGAGUGCCUCUGUGAUGAGAACUGUGCUGAUACUGCAAAGGGUGGCUUUGAUGGCUUGCCAGAAUCUUCCAAGAACCGAUGGCUCUCUAAGGGACAAGCUGAAGAGGAGAAUCGAGCUCAGGGGGCCAAGGAUGCGAGACCAGAUGAAGAGUUACCGAAGGAAGACUUCGUCAAAGAAUGGCUCGCCAAAAAGACCGCCCCUGAAGAAGGCUACGAGUCAGUGAUAAUUUCAUCCUUCCUGAAGUGGCAACUAGAGGAGAAACCAGCUUGGUUGAAGAAAGGGGAUUUUGCCCAAAAGAAGUCAGACCAAACCUCUAUCAGCCAGUGGCUCUUCAAGAAAACCAAAGCUCCAACAGAGCCGAUGGUUGUCGACAACAAAGAGAUCUGUGAGGAUGCCCCUAUGAAGACCGAAUGGUUGCUUCCGAGGUCACCUGCCUCUGAUGGCCCUGCUCUGAAGGUACCCACGCAUGAUUCCACUUCCUGGCUUCUGAAGGGAAAGAAUGAAAACUUGCCACAAGAAUCGAAGAUGGACACCAACCAAGAUGGCUUACAGGAAAAGUGGCUCAUCAAACAAACCACUGGUGGAUUCGCCCUUCCAACUAACAGUGGAUUCCCUUUCGCAAAUAUCCCCAAAGGCAUCAAUCAGUGGUUGAAGCAGUAGAGCAGUUAUAAUUUUGAAAGGAUUCUGGGUUAGAUAAGAUGGUUUAUGUUGCCUCUAUGUCCAUUAUAUAGCCCAGUCCAUUCUGAAUAAUCAUCUCCAAUUAAUCAAAUUAUAUGGCAUUUUCCUUUCUUUGAACCUGUCCACCUGGAGUUCAAUCUACGGAACUAUUUCUGAGAAUAUGAACAAGGCCUUUCUGAUAAUAUGAACAAGGCCUAUCUGAUUUAUAAGAUGAGAAAAGGGCAAAGAGCAGACUGAAUUUUAGCACUUGCUGUAAAACUGCAUAUGACAUGUAGGAAGCUAAAUUCAUGUACCUUCAUUAUUGAAUGGAAUACAACACUUUAUCUAUAUUCCAGAGAGGGACUUCAUUUCUUGUAACCUUCUUAGAUGUAACCUCUUAUUUUAUAACCGUUAAAAGCAGUCUGUUAUAGUGUUGCAUAAUUACCCAGGCUGUAGCAGAACAGCAUGCUGUGUCUCAAGUAAUAGAUUAUAUCCGGGUUCCCAUUCACCUCACGUUAUGUUCUCAUGUAUGUUGAGUGCAACACAGUAGAAAUUAAUAAUAUCAUUAUUGGACGAAUAUUUAAAUCAGGGAUAUUUUUGGUGUGAUGGUUGUGAUGUCAAUGAUUGAUUUACAGCUUAAUGUCCUGUCAUAUGGUCCUCAACCUCAAUGCCGUGCUAAAUGACAUAAGGUUUUUAUUAUGGUUUAGGGUCUCUGUUCUCAUAGUUUGUGAUUAAAUCUUCCUUGGAACUAUCUUGGCUUUUUUCAUCACAUUUAUGCUGCAUAUUCCCAAAUUUGAUGUUCCAUUUUGUGAAGAAUAUCCAUGGCAUCAGUGAUAAUGUAUGGGUAAAACUUCAGAAAAAUAACAUUGUAGGUUUAGGUCUGUGUUCUAUAUUCAAUAUGCUGGAAAUUUUCUUAUUUCAUGCCACCUGCUUCUCUGACUAAUGAAAUGGAGUAUCAUAUUGGUAGUUAGCAUGGUAUUUACCCUGACAAAAUAAAGAUAAAGUUAUGUCAAAUUGACCUUCAAUGAAUGUCAGGGAAGGAAGGCUAAACAUUCUUGAUUCAUUUUAUUAGGGAAGGGAAAAGAUAAUUAGAGUUUCAAGACUAUUUGAGCUGAUGCCCUUCUGAUCUGCAGAAGCUCUAUAAAGUCUUUUUAGUUUACAAGCAUUGUCUUAUAAUCCACUAAGUGAAAAAUAUUGGUCCAUCAUUUGAUUAGAAUAACAAACACCCACAUACAAUAUCAUGCAUCCUUUUAUCAGGUCAAUACAUGUCAUGUGCAUAACUCUACAAUUAAGCUUUUCUCUAUCUAGGAAAAAAUGUGACUGAUCAGUAUCAAAAUAUUGAUUUUAUUAAUUUUUAAAAUGUGUAAGUAUUGUACCACUUGACACCAAAAAUUAUUUCUAAAAUUUUUAAUUUUAGGGGAAUGGGGAUUGCCACAAUGAAUUUUAGAUGUUUUUAUCUUAUUUUGUAUCAUUUUCAUCUUUUUUUCUUAAAAAAGGAAUUGAUGUAUUUUGAUAAAAACCAUGAAUUUCCAUUGUGCUUAACCCUUGCUGCUUUGGAAGGCAAUGCCUUUCUAGGCCAUCCCGCAGGCUUUACCAAAGUCAACAGUUUCUCAUGGUUUUUGUCUUUUUUAUUACUUUUUAGACUAAAUCGCAUUGUUGAAAUAUGGGCUUCUGAAGAUAUUUUGUGUACCGUACUCAGAAAAGUACUCAAAUAUCCCUGUCAAGUGAGGGCAUAACAUUAACUGUAUUAAUGAUGAAUUUCAAUCAAAUGUAAUAUCUUCUUUCCAUAGAUAUAUCCAAAUUAGAUAAAUGAUUUGUGUGAAACCUGUGUGAAUUAUAAAUGUUACUUGUGUCAAUUCAUUUACAUUUAUGAUGAAUGAAAUGGUGUAAAAAUAAUUAUGUUUGUUGGUGUGUAUUUAAAACAGAAAAAAGAUAUAUUUUUAUCAUCUGAUUGAAGCAUAUUGCAGGUACAGGUACUUCAUGUGCUCCCAGAUACAAAAAAAUAAUGUAAAUUCUCUAUUAGUGUCACAAUAAUGACAAGAUGCUGUGCAUUUGUCAUGUUAAACUACAUAUCGAUAUGUGACCAUCAAGUACAUAACCCAUGAUAGGGCAUCAGCCAAGCUUUACAGUAUUAGACAUAAUAGUACUUUCAGCUUCUAAAAUGAAACGUGACAAGCUCUUCUGAAAGAGGAAUUCUUCAUCUUCAUUCUUUCACAGAAUUUGUUCUGGCUGCCCUAUUGUGGGUUUUGAGUUGGAUAGUCGCAUAAAAUAGUUAGGGGAGAAUAAUAUAUGUUUAGUUUCAUUUCAUGUUUGUUACAUCCCAUUUAGUUUAUCUCUCGCCAGUUAAAGUGUAAAAUGAAUCAACUGGACUUAUAAAUUUAGUGAGAAUGGUUUAACAUCUAAUCUUGGAUGCUUCUUCAGCUCAACAAAAUUGGAUGAAUCAAAGUGUAUAACAUUUUAUCUCAAAAGCCAGUAAUUUUUCGUUGCAAGGUAUCACUAUUUUAAAAAUCUGAUUUACUAAUUCUCUUGAGGUUUUUAUCUUAUUAUCAUGGAAACUUCUAAGGUCAGCAUUAAAUAAGCUUGAUAAGCUGCACCUUGCAAGUAUGAAUAGAUUAUCCCGCAGAACUUAUUAUACAUGUACUGUAUGUUGCAGUGCACAAAAAGGUAGCAUUUUUCUUCUGCAUAUGUUUUAUUUGGCGAGUCCUCAGCUUACCGUAUAUUCUCUUGCAUUUUCAUCUAUCAUAGGGAGCACAUGGCACAUAAUUAACCAAAAAAUAAAAAUGAUGAAGUGCGAAUAAAGUUGUUUCAUUUCAUACCAAA